GAGAGAAUCUCGCAUCUGCGGUGUCACUCCCCGUCGAACUCUGAGAGCCAGAUCCAAGUCCGUAAACAUGGCUUCAGCGAGCAAGGCUUCGCUGGUGAUCGCCGCGAGCGUGGCGGCGGUGGAGGCGCUCAAGGAUCAGUUAGGGCUGUGCCGGUGGAACUACGCUCUCAGGUCGCUCCACCAGCGAGCCAAGCGCAGCGUGGCCUCCAUCUCUCGGGCCACGCGAGUCUCCUCCGCCAUGGAUCAGUGGAGGAGAGGCGGGGAGGGAGCCGCGGAGAGAGCCAAGCGCACGGAGGCGUCCUUGUCCAAGCUCGUCUACUGGGACUGCUGGGGACCCAAAUAGAGUCGCUUGUACCAACGCAUAGAUAUUCAUCCAGAUUAAUGGAACUUCUCUCUGAGAUCGAAAGGUGUUUGAUGUCGAAUCUAAUUUGUCCUCCGCCGUCUCGGUGACGAUCUAUUGAUUUAUGUUGUCGGCA